AUGUUUAAGUUACAAAGGCUAAGCUUGUUGAGAUUCUCAAGGUGGCAGGGCCUGAAGAAAUUCAGUAGAUCGGCGAUAAAUAGUGCGCCAGACUACUCGCAUGUUGUUAUAGGUGGAGGAGUGGUGGGUCAAGCAAUUGCUGCGGAGCUAGCCAAAGUACCCAGCAACAGUGUUUUGUUGCUCGAAAAGAACGACAGGUUUGGGACUGAGACAUCUAGUCAUAAUAGCGAGGUUAUACAUGCAGGCAUAUACUACCCAGCGGACUCUCUGAAAACUAAACUAUGUAUUGAAGGUAAGAAUAUCAUUUACAAUGAACUGGAUUGGCUUAAAACAGGUGUUAGCUGGAAAAAAUGCGGUAAAUGGGUUGUUGCUCAAACAGAUUAUGAAGAGUCAAUUAAUGAAGCUCUUUAUCGCAAGUGCAAAGAUGAAUUGGAUGUAGAUGUCGAGCUCAUAUCUUCGCAAGAUACAUCAAGGAAGGAGCCUUCUAUCAGAGUAGGGAAAUCGGCUGUCAGCUCACCAUCAACUGGGAUUAUAAACUCGCAUUCCUUGAUGGAUUAUCUAUUAGGGACGAUUCAACAAAAUGAUGGAGACACCGUCACUGGAUCUGAAGUUAUUGGUCUAGAAUAUAAGGAUGGAGCUGGCUACACUGUCACUACUAAAGAAAGGUUUCCUGGUGAGGAUGAAGUGGCAGAAAUUACUGCUGAGAAUGUAAUUAACAGUGCUGGACUGUACGCCGAUCAUGUGAGUAAUAUGUUAUUACCUAAGGAUCGUCAUAAAAGGCUUUAUUUCGCUAAAGGUAACUAUUUUAAACUCAAGAGCGGUGGUUUCCCGUCUGUGAGCAGACUAAUUUAUCCCGUUCCACCUGAGGAUGGGAAAUCACUUGGAACUCAUCUCACAAUAGAUAUGAAUGGCCAAAUCUUAUUUGGCCCAGACUUGGAGUAUGUGGAAUCGAGGACCAAUUAUACCACAAAUUCUCAGAACAUCCCAGCAGCCUUCGAAGCGAUUUCCCGGUAUUAUCCCCAUAUCCAAGUGAGUGACCUGGAGGUGGCAUCAUGUGGUAUUCGACCAAAGCUUUGUGGACCUGACUCUUAUCAAUUUAAAGACUAUUACAUCAAAGAAGAAGAAGGGUUCCCUGGAUUCGUCAACCUCCUUGGUAUAGAAUCUCCCGGCCUUACUUCCAGUAUUGCAAUCGGUCGGUACGUCAAACGGAUAUAUCAUGAUUAA